AUGACGGAUCAGGCCCCCGAGUUUAAACUGAUUUUGGUGGGAGAUGGGGGCGUUGGGAAGACAACGCUGGUGAAGAGGCAUCUAACGGGUGAAUUCGAGAAGAAGUAUAUACCCACCUUAGGCGUGGAGGUUCGACCGCUGCGUUUUUCUACAAACUUCGGUCCAAUUGUUUUUAAUGUCUGGGAUACAGCAGGACAAGAAAAAUUCGGAGGCUUAAGAGAUGGGUAUUAUAUCAAGGGACAAUGCGCAAUAAUGAUGUUCGAUGUAACCAGCCGAAUUACUUACAGGAACAUCCCAAACUGGCAUAGAGACAUUGUGCGGGUUUGCGAGAAUAUACCUAUUGUCUUAGUGGGGAAUAAGGUAAAAUAA